AUGCUGCAGAGACCGAAGGCAGCAGCAGCAUCAGCAGCAACAGCAGCAGCACCAACAGCAGCAGCAGCACCAACAGCAACAACAGCAGGACCAAGAGCAGCAGCAGGAGCACCAACAACAGCAACAACAGCGGCAACAGCAGCAGCAACAGCAGCAGCAGCAGCAGCAGCAGCAGGAGGAGCGUACAAGUGCAGCAGCAGCACCGCCGUGAAAAUACAAACACCAACAGAAACACUGCAGCAGCAGCAGCAGCAGCAGCAGCAGCAGCAGCAGCAGCAUCUGACCGCUUCUGAUAGGACGUCUCAGCAGCAGCAGCAGCAUUUACAGCAGCAGCAGCAGCAGCAACAGCAGCAGCAGCAGCAGAAUGAGCAGAGCAGCUUCGCCCUCAAGUCCCUAAAAGCACUCAGCACCGCCACGGGGUCCGUCGAUGAUAUAAGCGCCCCAACAGCAAACGCCUGCCGCGGAGACAGAGACACUCCACGCAGCAGCAAACCUGCAGCAGCAGCAGCAGCAGCAGCAACAGCAGCAGCAGCAGCAGCAGAAAGAGCAGUAGCAGCAGCAGCAGCAGCAGAAGGAGCAGCAGCAGCAGAAGCAGCAGGAGUACCCGCAGUGAGCAUAUUUGUUCCUAUGAGUUUUGAGCGUUAUCAUCAUCAUCAGCAGCAGCACCACCACCACAACCACCGGCAGCAGCAGCAGCUGCAGCAGCAGCAGCAGCAGCAGCAGCAGCAGCAGCAGCAGCAGCAGGAGUACCUGCAGUGA